AUGUCCACCCCGCCUCACCUGAAAUUAAGCGUCCCAUUUUGGGAAAGACUCCAAGCCAAUACAAAAGAUGAUCUCACACGAGGCUCGGCAUCACUCUACUUUAGAGCAUAUGGUCAAGCAGACCGUGUCCUUCUACCUAGCCAGUGGCGAGAGGUAGGGUGGACUAUCCAAGACUUUGCUUAUUUCUACGACUCCCCAGAAUAUGAGUCGGCUAGGUCGGAAUACAUAGACCAAUGUCUUAUGAGAUAUCCGCUUGCCGCGUUUCCGACGUGGCAGGAAGUUGUCGAUGGGAUGCAAGUUCUUUUCACAAGACCUGAUGCGAUCGUUGAUUACAUGUUUAUUAGGCCCAAGAUAUGGAUAAAUAAGGAAAUCUGGCGACCGCUUGACUAUGCCGUCGCGUUUAUCUUAAGGCUUCUUAACCAUCGGGAGCACAUUCACAGCGACGUCGUUGACGGAGGUGAGUUCGUUGAUGGAAAUGAGUAUUGGAUGGAGUGGCAAAAAGCUUAUGCCCAAUUUCUCGGCUCGGUUCAGCCGUUCUAUCAGCCCUGGGACAGCUCGGACAAAUGGACGGCAGCGUUUCUUCUAUACCUUAAGCUUCAAUAUGAACAUGAGAUCCACGUGAGGGGUCUUCUAGACGGCGACCCUAAAGUCUUUGCCAUUGCAUACGUGGAAGGCAAGGAAGGGAUUGAAGUUGACCCCAAGGCAAAGGAGAGGUAUACUCAGAUAGAGGCCAUGGACAAAUAUCAUUCCUAA